AUGUUUAUUCAAGGCGAUAAGAAGAAAAGAUUGUCGUUGGAUGUUAUCGGGCAACUUGAAGAUGAUUUAGAAGCUGAUCCAUUGGAUUACAAUAAAUGGAACAAAUUAAUCCAACAAGUUCUUGCUAAGGAUAAAGAGGAGCAAGUAAAAUCGGUGUUCAACAAAUAUUUGAGUAUUUUCAAGUUUGAUGGUAAGCAAUGGUGUAACUAUAUUAAUUACCAAUUAAACAGAGGUGAAUUUCAAGAAGUUGAACACUUAUUCUCAAAGUGCCUCCCAAUAACUGACCACGUUGAAUUAUGCCGCCUAUAUGUCUCGUACGUCCGUCGUACCAAUGAUGUGAUCACCGGUGGUGAAAAAGCUCGAGGUAUCGUGGUUCAGGCAUUUGAAUUUGCAGUUACAAAAGUUGGUAUAGAUAUAAAUAGUGGUGAUUUGUGGAAUGAUUAUUUGGAUUUCUUAAAAGCUUGGACUCCGGCCGCAACAUGGGAACAACAACAGAAGACAGACUUAAUAAGAAGGGUUUAUAAAAGAUUUUUAGUGAUCCCAACUGAAAAAAUAGAACAAGUCUGGUCUACAUAUACCAAAUGGGAAAACGAAGUUAAUGCUUCUACUGCCAAUAAAUUCAUCGCAGAAAAGUCAAGUGAGUUUAUGGAUGCUAGAUCAUGGAACACAGAAUGGCAUAAUGCAACAGAGAGGCUGUUACGUAGGGAUGUUAUACCUAUUGGAAUUCAUAACGAUCAUAACAACCUAGUACAUACUCAACUUCAAUUAUGGUACAAGUGGAUUGCUCUUGAAAGGGAAAAUAAGUUGAAUUUAAAAGAUGACACUUUGGUUCAACAACGAAUUGAAUACGUCUAUAAACAAGCAGUUAUGGCGUUGCCAUUUGUUCCAGAAUUGUGGUUUAAAUUUAAUAAGUUUUGGUUGCGCAGUAAUGAAGAAGCUAAUUCUAAUAAGUGCAUUGAGCUUUUAAAUGAAGCUUUAGUAUUAAACCCUAGAAGUUAUUUAUUAACUUUUCAAUUAUCGGAAAUGUAUGAAAAAGAUAAUACUAUUAAUAAAGCGACAGAAACCUACGAUAAUUUAAUAUCUGCUCUAACAAAUGAUUAUAACAAUAUAAAUAAUGAAAUUGAAUUAAUUACAAGCAGAGAACUUAAUAACAAAAAUGAAGGAGAGAACACUGAAGAGAAGAAGAAUAAUAAUGAAGACGAUAAUAGUGAUAAUGACGACGAUGAUGAUAACUUUAAACCCCCAACAUUCCAACUUAGUGAAGAGGACUCUUUACGUCUAUCUAAAUUACAAGAAAAGAAAGAUGAAUUGAAUAAAGCUAUAACUUUGGUUUACACAAAAUUAAUGAUGGCCUGCAAAAGAUCGAAGGGUAUUAAGGAAGCCCGUGGUGUAUUUAAGCAAGCAAGAAACAGUUUUGAAGGUAUAGGAUAUGAAUUUUAUGUUGAAAAUGCUCUAAUGGAAUAUCAUUCGGAUAACUUGAAAACAGCCAGCAAAAUUUUUGAAUUGGGAAUGAAGCAUUUCAAAAAACAAGGCGAGUUCUUAUUAGCAUAUUUGGAUUUCUUGAUCAUGAUCAAUAAAGGUGAGAGUAUUAAGGUUUUGUUUGAACAAGGCUUGACUGCUUUAUUACAAGAUGUAAAUAUUGAAAACGAUCAGAACGGUGACUCUACUACGAGUGCUAGCAUGAGAUUGCAAGAGGCUAAAAUCAAGGAGAAUGCUAAAAAGAAAAAUUGUAUUAAGAAAUUUAUUAAGAAGUUUUCAAGAUAUCAGAGUGUGUAUGGAGAUUUAGACUUGAUUAAAAGUUUGGAUAGUAGAUACGAAGAAUAUUUCCCAGACGAUGACUCUAUAGAACUAUUUAGUGACAGAUACCGUGGCCAUUCUAUCGAUGUAAUCAAACAUUUCGAUUUAGGGAAAGAAGCUACUAGUCAUGAGGAAAUUGAUUCCACUAACGAGACGAAGAGACGGAAGAUACAAACUCCCGUGGAGGAUGAAUUUACUCCGGAUUUGUCAAUUAAUAAUAAUCAACAUACCAACAAUAAAGAAAUUGGACAAAAUCAACAGCAAUCCCAGAAUUUUGUUGGUAAUACCAUCUACAAUUUACUUCGCGUAUUGCCCAACUCAUCCUAUUUUGGCCCACCUUCAGAUCACCUAUUCAAUAAUAGUAAGUUAGUCGAGCUUUUUGGCAAUCUACCAAACGUUCCAACCGAAUAA